UGUUAUGUGUUUCGCUUCUCAAAACACACACAAACACAAACAUAAACACAAUAACAAAAAUCCCUCAAAAGAGUCAGAGAAGAAGCAAGCAAAAAAGGGGUUGUGCAAAAAAUAAAGAGGGUGUGUGUGAUGGGUUGAGAUUUUGAGGUUUCUUGAUAUACAAAAAGUACUAAGCUUCUUCCUUCAUCUUAUUUUUUUUCAUUUUUUCUUCAAGAAUGUUUUAAAGAUCAAAGCUUUAGCAUAAAAAUCCAUGUCAUCAUCAUCUUCUUGUUCUCCUAUGGGUGCUACUUCAAUGGGGAUGUUUUUUGCUGAUAUGAAUUCACUCUCCAUUAACACUGCCAAAAAUUAUGCAACAAGUGAUGAAGGUAAAGGGAGGGGUACUUGGGAUUUUCAUUUCUUGAAUAAAGGGGCUUUAGAUGAAGCCCAAAAAAGUGAAGAAAAUAAUGAAACCAUUGAUCUUAAUGCUUCUUGCUUCAAUGAAGAGAAACCAAUUACUACAAUGCAUAGUACUUUUAACAGUACUAAUAGUAGUAGUAGUGGUACUAAUAAUGGCAAGGAAACUGAAAGUGGACAAUCAAAGCUUUGUGCUAGAGGUCAUUGGAGACCAGCUGAAGAUGCAAAACUUAAAGAACUUGUUGCUAUUUAUGGUCCUCAAAAUUGGAACCUUAUAGCAGAAAAGUUAGAAGGAAGAUCAGGAAAAAGCUGUAGGUUGAGAUGGUUUAACCAGUUGGAUCCAAGAAUCAACAGAAGGGCAUUUAGUGAAGAGGAAGAGGAAAGAUUAAUGGCUGCUCAUAGAUUGUAUGGUAACAAAUGGGCAAUGAUAGCAAGGCUAUUUCCAGGAAGAACAGAUAAUGCAGUAAAGAACCAUUGGCAUGUAAUAAUGGCUAGGAAAUAUAGAGAACAAUCAAGUGCUUAUAGGAGGAGGAAAAUGGGACAAUUUGUUUACAGAAGAACAGUAGUGGAAGAAGCAGAUUCCAUGAAAGGAGAAACACAAACACCAAUUAUCAGUGGCCAAAAUUCUGUUAACCACUUUGCUGCCAGUACUACUAGUGUGAAAAUUAAUAAUGAUGGUCCAAAUGGUUGGGUUGGUUAUGGACCAAAUGGUUCACCCCACAUGGCUGCUUCUGCUGGAGAAGCAGGAAUCUCUAGCACCAAUGUCCUUCUACUUUCUCCUUACUCAACAUUUUGUGCUGCUCCUUUUGACUCAUCACCUGCAGGUCAUUGGGGGAAUGAGGUGAUGAAUAUUCUCAACCAGCAAGGUAGAUCUUGGGACAGGCAAACGGAAUCAUCCAACAUAAUUACUCAUCACUACCAUUCUACCCCAUCUAAUUCAUUGAUGAUGAUGAAUAGUACUAUGCAACAACAGUCACAAUACGUGCAGUUUCCUUAUUCCAGUUUCUCAGAUGUAACAACAGCAAGAGCACAAAUUUCAUCAUCACAAACAGCAGCAGCACUAGUAAAAGAGGACAGGAGAAAAAGCAACAGUGAUAAUAGCACAAUUGCACCACCAUUUAUAGAUUUUCUUGGAGUAGGAGCCACUUGAAUAAAGCAAAAAAUUUCAUGAAAAUCACCAAGAAAAAGGUACCCAAUUUGAGUCUCCAAUGAAAUGGUAACAGUAUUAGCAUGUAACCAGUAGUACCAGUAGUAUAUUAGUUUUCAUUCAGUUAUUAUAUGUCGAUUGUGACACUGAAAUAUCAAAAGGGAUAAAAGAGUCCUUAGUAGUAUCAAACAGUGUUAACAACAAGGUGCAGUCACUUCUUGCUUUUA